AUGAGCAAAGAAGAGACUGAUGAGGUUUCUGGUACUCGAUUCGUGCUGGUGCACAAACUCCCUUCUCUUGGGUCUUCUGGGGGACUCUUAUCGGCUGAUAGCUCUUUCCUUGGCAGUGAAACAACUGGACCUAGGUUCAACUUUAAGCCCGCUAAUCGUUCUCCCGGCAGCAAUGGGUUGUCAAGCAAUCUACUUUCAGGUAUCUACCUGUCAUCCAAUCUUCCGUCUCCACUUGUUUACCGUUACUUUCUCUUUUUCAGCCCCUCUUGUUAUUUACACCCAGGAGACUGUAAAUGA